ACUGGCUGAUCAGAUACAGGAACGACUGGACACGAAUAAAUGGAAAUGAGUAGUAACUGCUGAUCAGAGCUGCAUCACGGAUGAACAUCGUGUCAUGUGGUUUUUACUACAUCGCAUGUAAAGGAUGUUUUUUAUUGUCAGCUUUGUUUUUAAAUAAGAUCUGCUGUUUUGCACCGUUACCUGCAGGGGGCGCUGUUGUCCAUGAAUCUAUUCUUCUACGUCACCAGAUCUAACGCAACAGACGUGUGUUUGGGUAUAUUAUAACAUCUUCGUUUAAUUUUCUGUGCUAAAUUAAAGUUACAGCCAAAGCUUUUUUUAAUCGCAGCGGAAGUUGCGUGCAGCGUGCGGCACGCGCAGCGUCGGCCGCUGCUCGUGCAGCUGGCUCGCGUCCCGCGGGGCGGAGCGUCGCGAGGCCGCCUCUCGUUCUGCGCUCUUGUUUUCUCAACCUUCCGCCGGAGCAGCUGCACAGACCGCGAGGAGCGGAGCGUCCGAACGGAACCGCUCACCGACCCGAGGCUCGUCCGUGGACUUUGCUUCCCGUCCGAGUCCUGAAUUGACGUAUGCGUGAUUCCCAAGGACAGCCGCGGACCGCGGGACCACGUCGGGCCGCUGCAGGUUCGUGAGCAUCGCUGCCCGGCACCGACACCGCCCACCCCGUCCCGAAGGAGCGUUUGAACUCCGGAGUUUGUCCGCUUCUAAAUGGCUUCGAGCGCGCGAGGAGAAUACUAAUGAACGGCGCCCCGCGUGCGCUGCUGCUGCUGAGGCCGCGGCGCGGCGCCGGACACCCGUCCUUCAGCCCGAAACCAGGAUUCAUGCUCCGGGUCUGAGCACCGAGCGGUUCGGGUUCGCGGGAUCGGGCCGGUUCCCCUGCUCAGCUCAUCUGCGGGAACGAACACGCCAGAAUGGGCAACAGCUUCUCCAACAUCGCUGCCUUCCAGUCUCUGCACAUCGUCAUGCUGGGCUUGGACUCCGCAGGCAAAACCACGGUCCUUUACAGACUGAAAUUCAACGAAUUCGUCAACACGGUUCCCACGAUCGGCUUCAACACGGAGAAAAUCAAGCUGAGCAACGGCUCGGCGAAGGGCAUCAGCUGCCACUUCUGGGACGUGGGGGGGCAGGAGAAGCUGCGGCCGCUGUGGAAGUCCUACAGCCGCUGCACCGACGGCAUCAUCUACGUGGUGGACUCCGUGGACGUGGACCGGCUGGAGGAGGCCAAGACCGAGCUGCACAAAGUCACCAAGUUCGCGGAGAACCAGGGCACGCCGCUGCUGGUCAUCGCCAACAAGCAGGACCUGCCGCGCUCUCUGCCGGUGGCCGAGCUGGAGAAGCAGCUGGCUCUGCACGAACUGGGCCCCGGCACCGCCUACCACGUGCAGCCGGCGUGCGCCAUCAUAGGCGAGGGGCUGCACGAGGGCAUGGACAAGCUGUACGAGAUGGUGCUGAGGAGGAGGAGGUCGCUGAAGCAGAAGAAGAAGCGCUGACGGGCACGAGGAGGCGGCGUGCGUGAAGGGAUGGGGAGGAACGGGCGGGCCUGUUUGAGUGCUGCUGCCGCGGAGCCUUGGACUGUUUUUAUUCCUCUACUAGGACACGCGUUGGGGCUCCGGCUGUCGGACUGUUUUCUCUGAGCAUUGAAGUAGCCUUUCCUCAGUCUGCGGCUAUUCUGCACUUUUCAUUUCCUAACACUACACUGUAUUAACAAGGACCAGGGUGGGUGAUGUACUAAAGCCAAAUUGAAGUAUUUUUGAAUAUUAAAAUAUUUGAAAUCCAA